UGCUAAAGAUCAAAGGCACACACACACACAAAUCCCCCAACCCCUCCUCCUUGGAGACUAUUUGGUCUUUCUCACCAGAGGGAAGAGUCAACUCCCCCGCCCGCACCUAGGUGGGGAGGCGGGGAGGGAGCUGGGAGCCGCUCGGGCCCCGCCUUCCCCGCCCGCCCCGGAGCCUGCGGCGGCCCGAGGCGCAGAGUGGGCGGGGCCUGGGCGAAGAUGGGGGCGGGGCGCGCCGGCCGGGCGAGGCCGAACCUAGCGGAAGCGCGGGGAGGGGUUGGCUGAGGGCUGGGCUCCUGCAGGGGCGGGGCGUGGCGGAUGGGCCCGGUGGGCCGGCUGAGUGGGCGGGGCUCAGCCCUUGGCGGGGCGGGGCGAGGCGAGCGAGUGGGCGGGGCCGGAUGAGCGGGCUGGGCGGGCCGUGCUCUCCUGUCCGCAAGUCUCCGUGUGGCCGUGAGCCGGUGAGCCCGGGUGUCCGAAUACUCACCGGGGCGGCGCUCGAGCUGGGAGAGCCAUUCCGGGCUCGCUUUGUGGCCGUUGUCCCCCUGCCCGCCCCGAGCGCCUCCGGCCGGAGCGCAGAGGGAGGGGGCGCACUCCCCAGACCCCCGCCUCCCUCCCCCAGCCGGGGGGAAGAAUGUGCCACCAGCUGUUCUCCGCUCGCGAGCGCGGCGCCCAGGAGUGAGGAACUUGGAGAAAGAGGAGACAAAGGCUGCAGUUGGGACGGAUGAGUUAGAGACUUGGGUUUGGGCAAACAAAAGGUGCGAAAGACGAGAAGGGGAGAAGGAGAUGGCAGCGGGGGAGCCCCGCGGGCUCGAGUUUCUGGGAGUCGCGCUGUGACACGCAUGGUUUCCCCGGACCUUCUGCUGGGCUGACUUCCGCGAGCUGGGAGCCGGACUCGGGCGAGUUGGGGAGCGCACGGGAACAAUGGACAACUUCUUCCCCGAGGGGACACGGGUCUGGCUGAGAGAAAAUGGCCAGCAUUUUCCAAGUACCGUAAAUUCCUGUGCAGAGGGCAUCGUUGUCUUCCGGACGGACUGUGGUCAGGUAUUCACAUACAAGCAGAGCACAAUUACACACCAGAAGGUGAUGGCUAUGGACCCCAUGGAUGAGGAGGGUGUGAUGACUGCCACCUUGACUGAGCUCCACGGAGGUGCCAGCAUGCACCUGUACCAGCGCGACAAGAGAAACCAAAUCUAUACCUACAUCGGCUCCAUCAUCGCCUCCGUGAACCCCUACAAGACCAUCGCCGGCCUGUACUCACGGGACGCCAUGGAACGCUACAGCAGGUGCCACCUGGGCGAGCUGCCCCCGCACGUCUUCGCCAUCGCCAACGAGUGCUACCGCUGCCUGUGGAAGCGCCACGACAACCAGUGCGUCCUCAUCAGUGGUGAAAGCGGGGCAGGUAAGACCGAAAGCACUAAGUUGAUCCUCAAGUUUUUAUCAGCCAUCAGUCAGCAGUCUCUGGACUUGUCCUCGAAGGAGAAGACGUCGUGCGUUGAACAAGCUAUUCUUGAGAGCAGCCCCAUCAUGGAAGCCUUCGGCAACGCCAAGACUGUGUAUAACAACAACUCCAGUCGCUUCGGGAAGUUUGUUCAGCUGAACAUCUGCCAGAAGGGAAAUAUCCAGGGCGGGAGAAUCGUAGAUUAUUUAUUAGAAAAAAACCGAGUAGUAAGGCAAAAUCCCGGGGAAAGGAAUUAUCACAUAUUCUAUGCGCUGCUGGCAGGGCUAGAGCAUGAAGAGAAAGAAGAAUUUUAUUUAUCUGUGCCAGAAAACUACCACUACUUGAAUCAGUCUGGAUGUGUAGGAGAUAAGACAAUCAGUGACCAGGAAUCCUUUAGGGAAGUUAUUACGGCAAUGGAGGUAAUGCAGUUUAGCAAGGAAGAAGUUCGGGAAGUUUUGAGAUUGCUUGCUGGUAUAUUACAUCUUGGGAACAUAGAAUUUAUCACUGCUGGUGGAGCACAAGUUUCCUUCAAAACAGCCUUGGGCAGGUCUGCAGAGUUACUUGGGCUGGACCCAGCACAGCUCACAGACGCCUUGACCCAGAGAUCCAUGUCCCUCCGGGGGGAGGAGAUCCUUACGCCUCUCAGCGUUCAACAGGCAGUAGACAGCAGGGACUCCUUGGCCAUGGCACUUUACGCACGCUGCUUCGAGUGGGUGAUCAAGAAGAUCAACAGCAGGAUCAAAGGCAAAGAUGACUUCAAAUCUGUUGGCAUCCUUGACAUCUUUGGAUUUGAAAACUUUGAGGUGAAUCACUUUGAGCAGUUCAAUAUAAACUAUGCAAAUGAGAAACUUCAGGAAUAUUUCAACAAGCAUAUCUUUUCUUUAGAACAACUGGAAUAUAGCAGAGAAGGCUUAGUGUGGGAAGAUAUUGACUGGAUAGACAAUGGAGAAUGCCUGGACUUGAUUGAGAAGAAACUUGGUCUCCUAGCCCUUAUCAAUGAAGAAAGCCAUUUUCCUCAAGCCACAGACGGCACCUUAUUGGAGAAGUUACACAAUCAGCAUGCUAAUAACCACUUUUACGUGAAGCCCAGAGUUGCAGUCAACAAUUUUGGAGUGAAACACUAUGCUGGAGAGGUGCAGUAUGACGUGCGGGGCAUCUUGGAGAAGAACAGAGAUACCUUCAGGGAUGAUCUUCUCAACUUGCUGAGGGAAAGCCGAUUCGACUUCAUCUACGACCUCUUUGAACACGUUUCAAGCCGCACGAGCCAGGAUACCUUGAAAUGUGGAAGCAAACAUCGGCGGCCCACGGUCAGCUCGCAAUUCAAGGACUCCCUGCAUUCCUUAAUGGCAACGCUAAGCUCCUCUAAUCCUUUCUUUGUUCGCUGUAUCAAGCCAAACAUGCAGAAGAUGCCCGACCAGUUUGACCAGGCAGUUGUGGUCAACCAGCUGCGGUACUCCGGGAUGCUGGAGACGGUCAGGAUUCGGAAAGCUGGAUAUGCCGUCCGAAGACCCUUCCAGGAUUUUUACAAAAGGUAUAAGGUGCUGGCGAGGAACGUGGCUCUGCCCGAGGACGUGAGGGGCAAGUGCACGGCCCUGCUGCAGCUCUAUGACACCUCCAACAGCGAGUGGCAGCUGGGGAAGACGAAGGUCUUCCUUCGCGAGUCCUUGGAGCAGAAACUGGAGAAGCGGCGGGAGGAGGAGGUGACGCGGGCAGCCAUGGUGAUCCGGGCCCACGUCUUGGGCUACUUGGCACGAAAGCAAUACAAGAAGGUCCUUUAUUGUGUAGUGAUUAUACAGAAGAAUUACAGAGCAUUUCUUCUGAGGAGGAGAUUUUUGCACCUGAAAAAAGCAGCCGUGGUUUUCCAGAAGCAACUCCGAGGUCAGAUUGCCCGGAGAGUUUACAGACAGCUGCUGGCAGAGAAACGGGCAGAGGAGGAAAAGAGGAAACGGGCAGAGGAAGAAAAGAGGAAACGGGAGGAGGAGGAAAGAGAAAGAGAGAGGGAACGAAGAGAAGCUGAGCUCCGCGCCCAACAGGAGGAGGCAGCGAGGACGCAGCGGGAACAGGAAGCCUUGCAGAAGCGUCGGAGGGAGGCCGAGCUGAGCCGGGAGCUGGAGAAGCAGAAGGAGAACAGGCAGGUGGAGGAGAUCCUGCGCCUGGAGAAGGAAAUCGAGGACCUGCAGCGCAUGAAGGAGAGGCAGGAGCUGUCCCUGACCGAGGCCUCCCUGCAGAAGCUGCAGCAGCUGCGGGACGAGGAGCUGCGGCGGCUGGAGGACGAAGCCUGCCGCGCCGCCCAGGAGUUCCUGGAGUCGCUCAACUUCGACGAGAUCGACGAGUGCGUCCGCAACAUCGAGCGCUCCCUGUCGGUGGGCAGCGGGUCCGCGGGCGCGCCGGCCGACCUGGCCGAGGGUGCCUGCGGCGAGAAGCCCAGCUUCAACUUCAGCCAGCCCUACCCGGAGGAGGAGGUGGACGAGGGCUUUGAGGCCGACGACGAUGCUUUCAAGGACUCGCCCAACCCCAGCGAGCACGGCCACUCGGACCAGCGCACCAGUGGCAUCCGGACCAGCGACGAGUCCUCGGAGGAGGACCCCUACAUGAACGACACCGUGGUGCCCACCAGCCCCGGCGCCGACAGCACCGUGCUGCUGGCCCCCUCGGAGCACGACUCCUCCUCCGGGGAGCCCACCUACUGCAUGCCCCAGACCCCCGGGGGCCUGCCCUCCCCGGACGGCGACUACAGCUACGACCAGGACGACUACGAGGACGGGGCCGUCACCUCUGGCAGCAGCGUGACCUUCUCCAACUCGUACAGCAGCCAGUGGUCCCCAGACUACCGAUGCUCCGUGGGCACCUACAACAGCUCGGGGGCCUACCGGUUCAGCUCGGAGGGGGCCCAGUCCUCGUUUGAAGAUAGUGAAGAGGACUUCGACUCUCGGUUUGAUACGGACGACGAACUUUCAUACCGGCGGGACUCUGUGUACAGCUGUGUCACGCUGCCUUACUUCCACAGCUUCCUGUACAUGAAAGGUGGCCUCAUGAACACCUGGAAACGCCGCUGGUGCGUCCUCAAGGACGAAACCUUCCUGUGGUUCCGCUCCAAGCAGGAGGCGCUCAAGCAAGGCUGGCUGCACAAGAAGGGUGGCGGCUCCUCCACGCUGUCCAGGAGAAACUGGAAGAAGCGCUGGUUCGUCCUCCGCCAGGCCAAGCUGAUGUACUUUGAGAAUGACAGCGAGGAGAAGCUCAAGGGCACCGUGGAAGUCCGGACAGCCAAGGAGAUCAUAGAUAACACCAGCAAAGAAAACGGGAUUGACAUCAUUAUGACUGAUCGGACCUUCCACCUGAUCGCUGAAUCCCCAGAAGACGCCAGCCAGUGGUUUAGCGUGCUGAGUCAGGUCCACGCAUCCACGGACCAGGAGAUUCGGGAGAUGCAUGAUGAGCAGGCAAACCCACAGAACGCCGUGGGCACUUUGGAUGUGGGGUUAAUUGAUUCUGUGUGCGCCUCGGACAGCCCUGAUAGACCCAACUCAUUUGUGAUCAUCACGGCCAACCGGGUGCUUCACUGCAACGCGGACACGCCGGAGGAGAUGCACCACUGGAUAACACUGCUGCAGAGAUCCAAGGGGGACACCAGAGUGGAGGGCCAGGAAUUCAUAGUGAGAGGGUGGUUGCACAAAGAAGUGAAAAACAGUCCGAAGAUGUCUUCGCUGAAACUGAAGAAACGGUGGUUUGUGCUAACCCACAACUCCUUGGAUUACUACAAGAGCUCGGAGAAGAAUGCUCUGAAGUUGGGCACCCUGGUCCUCAACAGUCUCUGUUCGGUCGUCCCGCCGGACGAGAAGAUCUUCAAGGAGACAGGCUACUGGAACGUCACUGUGUACGGACGCAAGCACUGCUAUCGGCUCUACACCAAGCUGCUCAACGAGGCCACCAGGUGGUCCAGUGCCAUUCAAAACGUGACGGACACCAAGGCCCCGAUUGACACCCCGACCCAGCAGCUGAUUCAGGAUAUCAAGGAGAACUGCCUGAACGCGGACGUGGUGGAGCAGAUCUAUAAGCGGAACCCUAUCCUGCGCCACACCCACCGGCCCCUGCACUCCCCACUCCUGCCCCUGCCCUACGGAGACAUCAACCUCAACCUGCUCAAAGACAAAGGCUACACGACACUUCAGGACGAAGCCGUCAAGGUAUUCAAUUCUCUCCAGCAGCUGGAGUCCAUGUCUGACCCUACGCCCAUCAUCCAGGGCAUCCUCCAGACAGGGCACGACCUCCGCCCUCUGCGAGACGAGCUAUACUGCCAGCUCAUCAAGCAGACCAACAAGGUGCCCCAUCCGGGCAGCGUGGACAACCUGUGCAGCUGGCAGAUCCUUACCUGCUUGAGCUGCACCUUCCUGCCCAGCCGGGGGAUCCUCAAGUACCUCAAGUUCCACCUGAGAAGGAUACGGGAACAGUUUCCAGAAACCGAGAUGGAAAAAUACGCCCUCUUCAUUUACGAAUCUCUCAAGAAAACCAAAUGCAGAGAGUUUGUGCCUUCCCGAGAUGAAAUUGAAGCUCUGAUCCAUCGGCAGGAGAUGACGUCCACAGUGUAUUGCCACGGCGGGGGCUCCUGCAAGAUCACUAUCAGCUCCCACACCACAGCCGGGGAGGUGGUGGAGAAGCUGAUCCGAGGCCUGGCCAUGGAGGACAGUAGGAACAUGUUUGCGCUCUUUGAGUACAACGGACACGUCGAUAAAGCCGUCGAAAGCCGCACCAUUGUAGCAGAUGUAUUAGCAAAGUUUGAAAAGCUGGCUGCCACAUCAGAGGUGGGUGACCAGCCCUGGAAAUUCUACUUCAAACUUUACUGCUUCCUGGACACAGACAACGUGCCAGAAGACAGCGUGGAAUUUGCAUUCAUGUUUGAACAGGCCCACGAAGCCGUCAUCCACGGCCACUACCCGGCCCCCGAGGAGAACCUGCAGGUCCUGGCUGCCCUGCGGCUGCAGUACCUGCAGGGCGAUUACGCGCCGCUCGCCGCGGUGCCGCCCCUGGAGGAGGUCUACUCGCUGCAGAGACUCAAGACCCGCAUCAGCCAGUCCACCAAGAGCUUCGCACCGUGGGAGCGGCUGGAGAAGCGGCGCACGAGCUUCCUGGAGGGGACGCUGCGCCGGAGCUUCCGGACGGGGGCCGCGGUGCGGCAGAAGGCGGAGGCGGAGCAGAUGCUGGACAUGUGGGUCCAGGAGGAGGUCUCGUCCGCGCGGGCCAGCGUCGUCGACAAGUGGAGGAAGUUUCAGGGGAUGAGCCAGGAGCAGGCCAUGGCCAAGUACAUGGCCCUGAUCAAGGAGUGGCCCGGGUACGGCUCGACGCUCUUUGAUGUGGAGUGCAAGGAAGGCGGCUUUCCCCAGGACCUCUGGCUGGGCGUCAGCGCAGACGCCGUGUCUGUCUACAAGCGCGGGGAGGGGAGACCGUUGGAAGUCUUCCAGUACGAGCACAUUCUCUCCUUCGGGGCCCCCCUGGCCAACACGUACAAGAUCGUCGUCGAUGAGAGGGAGCUGCUCUUUGAAACCAGUGAGGUGGUGGACGUGGCCAAGCUCAUGAAAGCCUACAUCAGCAUGAUCGUGAAGAAGCGCUACAGCACCUCGCGCUCCGUGAGCAGCCAGGGCAGCUCCAGGUGAAGGUGGCCGUGAGUCCCCGUGAUUGAGCAUCUCCACGUGCCGCCCCCUCGGCCCCAGCCGGCUCCUGCACCUGCAGCCCAAGGCGAGGCUGCCCAGGCUUUCCAGAAGCCCCUCGUCGGAGGGCGGUGUCUCGGGGGACCUUCCGUCCUGUCCACUCCGGUGAUCAGUGUCUCAAGCUGUCGACCCAGUUCCCGAAGCUUUACUUCUUUUAGAUGACACAUGCCUUAAAGAGAGAGGAAACGAAACCCACGCUGCCACCAAAGCAGCCAGAAGUGCCUUAACUUGUGGAACCGACACUAAUCCACCUUAACUGUGCUACUGAAGAGAAAUGCUUUCCCUCCCUUUUAGGGGAGACGUGCUAAGCUUGAGGGGGGAUGGAGGAGGGGCAUUGAUCCAUCUAUUCUGCACUAACCUCCCAGCCUGAUUUCCCCCGGGAGGGAAGGUGAGGGAGUGGGGAGGGGGGACGGAGGGCAAGAGGACGGUCUAUUCUAGUUGGAGUGCUGCUGGCAGCCUUCCUCACGGACAGGUAUUAACUUUUUCUCUGUGUUUCAUCUUUUAAGUGCACGCGCCUGCCCGUGUACGCAUGUGUCCAUAAACCCAUCACUUGCAUCGUUGUUCCAUGAGCAUUGAAAGCAAAGGGAAAGAGGAUGUGCAAUGGCGUGACGUCUGUAUAUUUGAAUAGUUCAGAGAGAGUCAUCAGCUGUUACUUUACAAGGUGGUUUUAUUAACAACCCGGAACCCUGGAGUUUCCUGUCUUUGCUGUAUUCCGAGAGUCACAUUUUGACUCCAGUUUUGUUUCACGUGUAGCAAAGUCUGCAAUCUGCGUCUGCUGUAUUAUAAACAGAUAUGCAGCCUACAGGUAACUGUAUUUAUAAACCACUCUUAAACAGCUGGCUCCAGGGCUGUUUUUAGAACUGUAUGAAGGCAUUUUGGAGUCUUUAGUUUCUAUGAGAUUUAAGUUAAAAAAUGUUUCUUGGAAGGUUAGCUCGUAUCACUCUGGGUAGAUUGCAACAUAACCAUGUUGGAAUAUGGGGGAAAGAUGCUACCUUCCUUGAAAGCAUAACACAUGAGUGGAUCUUUAAAGGACCCUGACGUUCAAUGCUGAGGUUUUAAUAAAAUACACACCUAUUUUAUCCCACGUGUAUAAUGGUGGUCUGAACAAGGCCCCUGUAAAUAAAUCAGCAUUUUGACCAGAAGAAAAAUAAUCUGGUCUUGGACUUCUAUUUUUAUACAGAGAAGUUGUAAAGACUUAGGCCAACUAAGUCUACCCACAAAGAAAAAGGAAAUUUGCCUUACCCCUAUGGACAGCCAUGCGGAAUCAUUGUUUGUUGGCUCAAGAAAGUCUGACAAUAAAAGAUAUUAGUUAA